ACCAUGAAUCAGGAAGCACGCAGGUGCUGAAGGAGGGCUGUGAUGACACGGCUGUGCCAGCUGGGGAUGAUGGUGCAGUUUUGGUUGCAGAUGGGACUGUUCUCACACAGGAGAGCCACCAAGUGUCAGCCAGCAUGAAGCAGGAUCAUCAGAAGCAGGUGCUUUACUCAGAAAACACACCACCACAUCAUCCUGAGAGAAAGCCCUGCACGGAGAGCCAUGACAGCGUCACACUGAGAGACAAAUCCCAGAACGAGCACAAACCUAGGCCUGUUUCAGAACUCAUAAAGGAGACGAUUCAGCUGCACGAAAAGCUGCAGCACCACGAGCGGCCAAAACCGGCAGAGGUCAAGUGUGAGGAGCAGGGUCAGUCUGUGAAGGUGGCACAGAUGAAGGCAGCGUUUGAUUCGCCUCACAAACCCCCUGACAGGACAAUAGAGAGGAAACCAUCUGUGAGAAGAGGUAAGAAGGAAACUCAGCACUCUGUUUGGUGA